AUGGGAGGUGCUUGUUGUGUUGCUGCUAGAGAUAAAAAUAUAGUAAGUGGACCAGGUGGUGAAAUCUUGCAUAGAAAUAUUCGUUAUUCACCAACUUGGAGCUUUAGAUGGGAUAAUCGAGGGCGUGUAGCAGGGGAAGAUACUUCGAUAAGUUGGUUUUCUGAUGGAAUUAGCAGGAAUGAUGGAUCAGAUAUUAAAUUUGAAUCAACCUAUGCAUCGGAGGAUGGAAGCCCCAUGGAGAGUUUCCAGAGGCGUACAUUGCAGAAAUCCCCAACAUCUGAAGGAACUGCAGCUCAUGUGAGGACUCCUACUUCAGAUCAAUCCAUCUGGAGGAAUAUCUCAAUGGACACGAGUUUGGAACAGGUGGAGGAGUCAACAGAAUCCACUGAUGUUCUGAAUCUAUCUCCUGCGAAAUUCUCAGUUUCAUUGCCCUCAACUUCAUCCUUGUCAACAUCUCCACCGCCAUCCCAAAGUCGCUUGCAUCCUGCCAGCUCAACAACACCAAGGUGGCUCAAGCAUUCUCCUAGACGUCAACUAACAAAGCCAGUAGCUGAUGCGCAAAUCCCAGGAUGGAAGUCAUCAAAGAGCACCCCAGUUUCUGAAGACAGGCCUCCUGUUCCUUCAUGGAACAAUGAAUCAACUCAGGGAUUUCAUGGUGAGUCUUCAGAUGGUUGGUCUAUGCAUGCAUUUUCUGAGCUCAUGGCCACUUCUAAUAGAGAAAGGUGGUCUUUUGAUAAUGAGUGCUUGGGCUUUAAUCAUGAGAAGACCAGAUCCAGUGGUCGAAGCUCAGCUUUUCCUUCUGUUGAUCUUCAAACAUGUGGGGUCUGCUCGAAGCUAUUGACUGAAAAAUCUUUGUGGAGCAGCCAGAAGCUUAUUGUUAGUAAUGAGCUAUCCGUUGUUGCGGUCUUAACUUGUGGUCAUGUUUAUCAUGCCGAGUGUUUGGAAGCUUUGACACCUGAAAUUGACAAGUAUGAUCCUGCAUGCCCAUUUUGUACCUUGGGAGAGAAGCAGGCUUUUAAGCUGUCUCAAAAAGCUUUAAAAACAGAAAUGGAUUUGAAGGCUAGGAACAAGAAGUUGAGGAGUCGAGUAGUGGAUAGUGAUCUUGAUGGUGAUUCUAUCAUGUUUGAUACCUUAAAAGGUGGUGGACUUGAAGGGAAGGGUCUCAAGUUGGGCUCAAGUUCCAGCAUGAAAGGUUCCUUGGUGAAGCCUUUCUUAAGGCGGCAUUUUUCAUUUGGAUCCAAAGGGAGUAGAUCCUCUACAGAGAAUCACUCAACCCGAAAGAAAGGGUUCUUCUGGACAAGAUCUUUGAGGGGAUGA